UAAAUACUAGUAUAUUACGUAGUUUGGUGUGGCGACACUUGGAUGGCGCUGCUGGGCUGGCGGCGAUCUUCUAACAGUUGUGUAACUUAUAAUGGAAGAAGGGGGAGCUGGAAUUCUUCAGGAGAAAAUGGAAUUGCAUUUUUACAAACAUCAGUGACGAGGAAAGGAGCAACUCAAGUGUCUCUCUCUAGCCCUGGCCCGAAGGAGACAGCAGAAGGAAGUGGGAAGGAAGACGAGUGGGACGCAACCUUGAAGGAAGAGACAGACAGUUCUGCCUCUGAAAGAAGAAGGAUGGUCGAAAAUAUCAGAAAAACGAAUGCCGGGAGAGAGUUCCAAAGCCUGGAUGACGAAGGACAGUACCAGAAAGUGCUACCCCGAAGUACAGGCCUGUAAAGGUGGUUCUUCGUUUGGUACAUGGAAUAACGGAAGUGGUGUUGAAUAUGUCAGUCGCGCAACCAGAAGUCAGGGAGACGCAUCUCUGAACUCUCUGGCAGGAGACGAAACUCUAAUCUAUCAUGAAGGAGACAUCACAUCACAAGACUACAGAGACUGCCACACUGCGCUCGUACAAAUAUCUAACUGCGUGGCAGUAAAGCCCCAUGGUUUGUCGGAGACGAUGGCUAACCGAUAUCCAUACUCUAACCCCUAUUCAUCAAGAAGAUCAAUAGGGGCACUGAACAGGGCGCACAAAGAGGACAGGGCUGUGCCGGGAACCAUAAACGUCCGCAGAUCGAACAGAAACUCGAGGGACCCAGUUGUUGUCAAUAUGUUCGGGCAGUAUUACAUGGGGCAGAGUAUUGAAAGUAAUCAGCAUACCUUAAAAAUAUUCUCUGAGUUGCAGGGCAAAUCAAGAAAUGAACGCGCAGAGUCAUCUGGAGGAUACAAUGAACCUCAAGCGGGUGACGAUGACUUAUUAAAAGGUCUGCUGAGUGACACUCAAGAAAACCGUAUCCGUUGGUUCCGUGAGUGUUUGGGAAAGUUGGUUUCCGAGCUACCAAAGAUGGACGUGAAGAGGGUGAUUUUUCCAUACAAAAUCGGUUGUGGAUUAGCCGGAGGUAACUGGGAAAGAGACUAUUUUCCUGCUAUAAAGGAUUUCGUGAGUGAGGUAACUAAAAUUGAAAUAAAAGUAAUCAUUGUCAGGGAGCCAUUUAAACAUUAGACAUAAAAAGUCUCGAUUUGAUAACAACUAAGAUGCAUUUAGGACCUUUCCAUAAAGCUUUACAGUCAUGGUUAAUCAGACUGAAAUAUAUGAACUAAUAGAAGACAAACUUGAUAAUACUACCAACCCUCCAUGCUCACAGUACUAUCGGCUUGGAAAAUGGUUUUAUUGGACACAGUUCAAUCUAGUUGUUAGAUGAAAGAUUAGACUCCGGAAGACUAGACGAGGUGUAUUUUGCAUGAAUAAUUUUUGGAUAAUGUAAAUUUGCCAAAUAAAUCUCUCCUUGUAA